UCCGGAGACCUGACAGGGGUCGCACUCUCUCCAAUCACGCGCGCCACGGACCGCAGAGCUGCGAACCAGCGAGCCAGUCAGCAAAGCCUUCCCUCAUUCCGCUCCGUCUUUUUCUCUCCGACCAGCUCACUCACUGUCACUCUUUCUCACACACACACACUCGCACUCGCGCGCGCUCUCUUGUUCAUUCUAAACCGCAGGGACCUACACUUCAGCACUCUCUUUCCCGCGCGCGCUCUCUCUCUCUCGCGCUUUCCCGUUCUUCACUAGCGGCACGCGCAUCUGUCUCCGCUUCUGUACUGUACAGGAUGAACAAGAACGGUAGACUCCUGAGAGAGAGUAGAUGAGAAAACAAGGAACUAAAACAACGAAGGCAAGGUGAAACGAGGACUGGAAAGAGGUUGAGGGCAGAUGAAGGAAGAGAGUUUGUGAAGCAUUUGGAUUUUACUGAAUUCAAGCCUCCAUCCAUCUAUUUUUGGCUGGUGGAAAGGGACUCAAUUAAGUUGCAGGUGAUGAAUCUACUACCCGGUUGACUUGAGUCGCAUCUCCAGCGAGGGGAGUGGUAGAGCGCCAGAUCCCCUGACCUCUCCUCAAUCCCCACUGGCUUCACGCUCCAGCUCGUGAGCCUCGGAGCCCUGGAUCUCUUGUCUCUCACCUCCCCUUUUUCCUCUGGACCUUGACGUGGGAACAGCGCCGUAACAGACCGCCCAAUGCUGAGGAGGAACUGCCUGCUGCUGUUCCUGUGCUUCCUCUUUGAGCAGAGCUUCUGCGCUCCCUUCCAAAGCAGGCCAGGGCAAGAGUGGCCCCAUAGUCAGACGGGGCCAUCGGCGGCAGGAAGGAAUGGAGGUUCCAGAGGAUUCCAGAGGGUCAAGAGGGGCUGGGUGUGGAACCAGUUCUUUGUGCUUGAGGAGUACAUGGGCUCGGACCCACAGUAUGUUGGAAAGUUGCACACUGAUUUGGAUAAAGGGGAGAGUGCAGUGAAAUACACUCUCUCAGGCGAGGGCGCUGGAACCAUCUUCACCAUUGACCAGAUCACCGGGGACAUACACGCUUUACGUAGUCUGGAUCGAGAGGAGAAGCCUUACUAUACGCUACGAGCUCAAGCGGUGGACAUCGAGACCAACCGACCGCUGGAACCAGAGUCAGAGUUUGUCAUCAAAGUGCAGGACAUCAACGACAAUGAGCCAAAGUUUCUAGAAGGGCCCUACACGGCUAGUGUACCUGAGAUGUCACCUGUGGGUACAUACGUGAUGAAGGUGACGGCGACAGAUGCAGACGACCCUACGUACGGCAACAGCGCUAGGGUGGUGUACAGCAUACUUCACGGCCAGCCGUACUUCUCAGUGGAUCCCAAAACAGGAGUCAUCAGGACAGCUCUACCCAACAUGGACCGGGAGGUGAAGGAGCUCUAUCAGGUCCUCAUCCAGGCUAAAGACAUGGGGGGACAGUUAGGGGGUCUGGCAGGGACCACCACCAUCAACAUCACUCUGAGUGAUGUCAACGACAACCCACCCAGGUUCUCCAAAAGCAUCUUCCACCUGCGUGUACCGGAGUCAUCAGCAGUCGGGUCAGCAGUUGGCCGAAUCAAAGCUCACGAUCUGGACAUUGGAAAGAACGCGGAGGUGGAAUACAACAUCGUCCCUGGAGAUGGAGGAGCCAUGUUUGAUAUCACCACCAACGAGCACAAUCAGGAGGGAAUCAUAAUGCUUAAAAAGCCGUUGGACUAUGAGACCAAAAAAGCGUACACGUUUAAAGUGGAGGCCUCCAAUGCACACCUGGAUCCACGGUUUCACAAUUUCGGCCCAUUCAAAGACACAGCUACAGUGAAGAUAAACGUUCUGGAUGUGGAUGAGCCUCCCGUCUUCAGUAAACCCUCCUACGCGAUGGAUGUUUAUGAGGACACACCACAAGGCACCAUUAUAGGAGCAGUGACUGCACAGGAUCUCGACGCAGGAAACAGUCCAGUCAGGUACUCCAUCGACUGGAAGAGUGACCUGGACAGCUUCUUCGACAUCGAUCCUGUCAGAGGAACCAUCUCCACCAACGAGCUUCUGGACAGGGAGAGUAUAGCCCAGCACAACAUUUCAGUCGUGGCCACUAAAGUUAAUAACCCAGUGCUGACCAGCAGAGUGGCCGUCACAGUUCAUGUGCUGGACAUUAAUGAGUUUCCACCAGAGCUGGCCAUGCCUUACGAGACCUUCGUGUGUGAGAGCGCCAAAGUCGGGCAGGUGAUUCAAGUCAUCACUGCAAAAGACCAGGAUCUUCCUCAAGCCGGACAAAGAUUUUCCUUCAAAUCCCCUCAAGAGGGAGUGAAGACCAAAAACUUCACCAUCAGAGACUUUGGAAAUAACACUGCAGGUGUCGUGACCCUGCGUGGCGGCUUCAAACGGCGCUCUCAGGAGAUCUACCAUCUUCCUGUGGUGAUUGAGGACGGUGGCCUCCAGACUUUGAGCAGUACCGGCACCCUCACCAUCCGCGUGUGCGGCUGUGACACCGAUGGAUCUUUAUUAACGUGCAGCGCUGAAGCCAUUUUCCUCCCAGUGGGCCUCAGUACCGGAGCCCUGAUCGCUAUUCUGGUGUGCAUCGUCAUACUGCUGGUGAUCGUGGUUCUCUACGUUGGGGUUCGGCGGCAGAAGAAGAAAGAGACUCUCAUGACGUCCAAAGAGGACAUCCGUGACAACGUCAUUCAUUACGACGACGAAGGCGGGGGCGAGGAGGACACGCACGCCUUCGACAUGGGCACCCUCCGCAACCCCAAAGUCAUCAAGGAAAAUCUGUUUCGCAGAGACGUGAAGCCAGAGUUGGGUUUGUGUCCACGGCGGCCAAUAGCCUCGCAGAACAGCGCUGACAUCAGCAACUUCAUCAGUCAGCGGCUGCAAGAGCACGACGGUGACACUUCCGCCCCACCGUACGACUCGCUGGCCACGUACGCCUACGAGGGCGAGGGCUCGGUGGCCGAAAGCUUAAGCUCUAUAGAGUCUGUAAAGGGUGAAACGGAGGAGGACUACGAUUACCUCAACGAGUGGGGGCCUCGCUUCAAAACCCUCGCAGGGAUAUUCGGCGAACGAUCAGAGAGCCAAUCAGAUGUAACAUCCAGCACCACCACCGAAAACAAACACUGAUGUUUUUUUUUCUUUUAGUUUUUUUUACACUGGGUUUGAAACAUAGAUGUGUAUUUAACAUUAACGUUUUAUUUUCUUUUACCAGAUUAUUUAGUAGUUGUUCGUUUUCACCUUUUUCUUUUAGUUCGCCUUGAUUUCACGCUCUAAACAAGAGAGGAUAAAGGAAGCCAGAAUAAAACACAGCCUUUGGAUUAUCUGUAAAUGAACAUUGGAGGUUUUUUGUUAUAUUUAUUCAGCUUUGCUUUUCACGAAAAAAAAAAAAAGAACCACAUAGAAGAUGCAAAAUUUUU